UGAUGUGCGACUGACAGCAAUCACAAGGUGUUACAGCUCAUUCUGUGUUCAUACGUGGCUCGAGUAUAAGGUGGACGCUAAACCAGUGUCGGACAUGUUUUUUUUAUUAAAUCGCUUGUUUUUUUUUUAUUUACAUUGAAAAUGAACUAACGUUAAUGCCAGAGGUGUCGUAAAACUCGCCGGAGGAGGCGGCUGUAGUGUGUUGUGUUGGGCAUGCUUUUAUUUUUAAUCAGAGGGGAGGGGGGUUCCUAGAAACUCCGCACCUCCUCCUGCCGUCUCUGCGAUGUAUCUGCUGCAUGUUAAACCCUCACCGCCACCAUAUUGGAAGGAGAAUACCGAAAACACGGGCAUUGCAAUAACAGCUUUAAUGGUAUCCCGACUUAUUGGUCCCGAGCUCGCCGGAAUCACCCCCGUUUUUCAUGCGAAUGGAGUUUUCCUGCUACACGGUAAACUCGCGCACUAGUUUGUUAACCGUGGCAGUGAACUAGUUGUUAAGCAAAGUAGCGCUUAGAAUUAAACAUUAAUACGUAUGUGUAUGUAUAUAUAUGUAUACACAUAUGUGUACAAAGCGUAGACGAAAUUUUUGCUCGGUUUACAAAUUACUCGGUUUCAGGUCCAAAAGUACAGGUUUUUUGAGCGGUUAGCUGAAGGAGCGCGAGCGCGCGCGCGAGAGAGAGACUUCAAAGCGACGCCGCCGCUUUGCUAGCUCGCGACUCAAAGUUAGCAAAAAAAAAAAAAAAAAAACAACAAACAGCUAGCUAACAGGCUAACCAGGGCCACCGGAGCGGGUUUUAGUCAAGCGGAGAAAUGGUUUAUUAGGGGAAAAAUAGAAAGCUAAAUUUCCUCAGGGCUCGUUUUUUUUAUUCCACGAUUAGCUUGUCCCCCUUCCUUCCCUCACAGCUACGUCUACGCACAGAAUAUAUAUACAGCGCUAUAACUAGCUUAGCAUAGCCUCGGAAACAGGAAGAACCUGUCGUUUCCAUGGACAACACGUCCAUCAUAACGCAAGUUACGAAUCCAAAGGAGGAGGAGAUCUUAUCGUCAAAUCCUGAAAAAGUCUCGCUGUCCAGCAGCAGCUUAAAGAAGAAAAGUCACCGUAGUUUAUUCAGCUCCUUCUUCUGCUGCCUGCGGAGUUAUGAAGCCGAUCCUCCUGCCAGCACUAACAACAACACCAGCAGCCCUCUGCCUCCGCCCGUGGAGGAGAACGGAGUGCCGCCGAAGUGUGAGCAGGAUGAGGUCAUCCCUGUAUCCGGUCCUCCGGAGAAAUAUCUCCUCCCCGAGGUGAACAUCAACGACUAUGGGAAGAAGUGCGUGGUGAUCGACUUGGAUGAGACUUUGGUGCACAGUUCGUUUAAGCCUAUAAGUAAUGCGGAUUUCAUCGUUCCGGUGGAGAUCGACGGCACGGUGCAUCAGGUGUACGUCCUGAAGAGGCCGCACGUGGACGAGUUCCUGCAGAAGAUGGGAGAAUUGUUCGAGUGCGUGCUCUUCACAGCCAGCCUAGCCAAGUAUGCUGACCCCGUGGCUGACCUGCUGGACCAGUGGGGCGUCUUUCGGGCGCGGCUCUUCCGGGAAUCCUGCGUGUUCCACAGAGGAAACUACGUCAAAGACCUGAGUCGGCUCGGCAGAGAGCUGCGAAACGUUAUAAUAGUGGACAACUCACCAGCCUCCUACAUCUUCCACCCUGAGAACGCUGUUCCUGUGCAGUCCUGGUUCGAUGACAUGACCGACACCGAGCUGCUGGUCCUGCUUCCGUUCUUUGAAGGACUGAGCAUGGAAGAGGAUGUGUACGGAGUUCUGCAGAACCUCAGAGGCAGGUAGCAAGCUGCACCAUCCUGCUUCACCCGGGCACAGCCGAGAGGUCAGAGGGCGUCCCUGCUCUCGCAGACUUCACCUCCCAGCAGCCCACUGCUCACUACACAGGAAGUGCAGAUGCCCCUGCCCCACCUACCCCGUCUGCACCCCCACACAGUGACGAACGUCCACUACAGAACCUUUACAGCUCAAGAAAGACCCACUUGCUUAAGUGCUUAAUAAUAAACCAAAAAAAAAGGAAAAAAAACGCCAAACCACUUAUUUUUCCCUUCCGAAUCGAGAGAAUCCAGAUGUUCGGGUUGAUGCUAUGCAGGCGUUUAAGGACUGGGUUUUCUUUCCUCUUCGCUUACCCAACAAAGUGCCUUUUUUGAAUGUCAUUUUUACUGGGAAAAAAUUUUUGUACGUGAAAAUAUUUCCAGAAAUUUUCUGAAUUCUACUCUUUUAAAUAACCAGAGGCAGGUCGUCAUCAUCAUCAUCAUCAUCAUCAUCAUCAUUAUUGUUAUUAUUAUGUUUUGUUAAAGGCAGUGUUAUCGAGGCCGGAGGGGUUUUUUCUUUCUUUUAAUCGUUUUUAUCAUCAGUGUUCUUGUUUUCUUUUGCGCUCUCUCUCACGUCGUCAUAUAGACAUCGCUUCUUUUACAGACGUGUGUAUUUGUUUGUCGCAAAAAAAAAAGAAGGCGGCUAAGGAUUACGUUUUAACUCAUUCACUUUGCACCCUGCCACAGCUUCUGGGUGUGCUGCGUGAGACGAGGAACAACAGGACGCCUCACCUUGUGUUUUUAGGUCCUGAGAUGGUACAGAACACGCCGACUGGCACGUCUGGCCGUUUCAGUGCUCGUUCUGGAUAAGCUGAGUUUUAGUUUGUGUGUGUGUGUGUUUAUUUUAUAUAUAUAUAUAAAAUAUACAGAGAGGAAGAGAGAAAGUCGUCAUCGUGAUCAUCACAAGACGCACAAAAAUCGCCAACGUGCCGCUCAGGUGUUUCCUGAUCAUUUACUUGUUGCAUCACUUUAUGAAUUUUAUUUUUAUUUUUUUUUUGGUCAAGUCACAGAUGCAAUUCAGGGUCUCAAACUCAUGUGAAGCUUUUCACCGAAAUAAGUAAAAUGGUUUGAGACACACUUGUGCGUGGCAGAAUAAUCGUUUGCGCUCUCUGUUAUAUAUUAGCAGGUUAUCGUCACGUGUAUCAGUCCCCCCCUUCUGAGCUGCACCAUGAUGGUGCUAUGGGGCACCCGACUCCAGUGCUUCAUACACGAGCGGUGAGAGAUGUGUGUGUGUGUGUGUGUGUGUGUGUGUGUGUGUGUGUGUGUGUGUGUGAGAGAGAGAGAUGUGAAAGCGGGCGUGCUCUUGAUUUGUUCAAGGUCUUCACGAGCGUGUGUGUGUGUUUGAGUAUCUCUCACCACGGUGCCUAGGAGAGGAGCAGCAGUGUCUCAGAGUUGCCAAACACGCAAUAACCCCCCCCUCUCUUUGUCGUUUUGCUCUUAUACACUACACUAUGUUUGCAUUAAUAUCCCGUUUUUACAUCAUUUACCCCCUGUGCCCUCCCCUUUUUAUUAUUUGCAACGUGUAAGACAAUUUGCUCAUCUGUCAGUAUUUCAUUUUUAAUGGACACUUUUAUGAUUCUGCUGCUGCAUUGUUUUUUUUGUUUUUUUUUUCUUCCCUGAAUUGAACCCUGCGUUUUUGUUUUUGUUUUUGUUUUUAUAUAAAUGCUCUCAAUUUGAAUCCACACGUGUACUUUGUAAAACACAACGCUGCCCUUUCACAGAUUUUCUUUACCUCAUUGGUAUCGUCGACAAUUUUCUAUCCCUUCUCACGUUAAACAGAGGAGGCGCACUUUUGGUGUUGGUCGUGGAUGUUUUCAUGUUUUUGUUCUUCCAGCUGGUUUUUUUUUCCUCUUGUUUUUUCUUCAGUAAUAAUUAAAGGCACAACUAGUUAUCGUGUCAAGUUUAGACUCGUUAAGCAUUACGUCCACUUGGGGUUCUGUCUUUAUUAUUAUUAUUUUUCUUUAUUGUUAUUUGGAAAGCCAUGUGUUCACUGCAGCUGAGUGAAAUCGGUGACAGUGGGCUGCACGGUGCCACGUUCGCAGUACGUUUCGAGGUGAUGUGUUCCAUGGUUUGUUUGCAAAUUUUCUUCCAGUCUAUGACGUUAUAUAUUAAAGCACCUUUUUAGGAAAAAAAAAA